CACAUGUUGAUUUUCGUUUUCGUUUUGGAGUGUUAGCAGUGUUAUGGGAUGCUUGUAUAGUUUCGCUAUCAAUUAAUAAUGAAAUGACAGUAAAUGAUAAAGUUUGUGAUCGCUUCUGAAUAACUAAUUUUUUAAAAUCAAAGAUGAGUCAGCAGCUACGACCGCCUUCCUUUUCUUGUGUAGGAAAGGUUCUUUAUUUGAAUGAAGAUCUCCGUGAUCUUGCUGUAAUUGUACAGACUGAAGUUUCUCAGUGGAAAUUCCCUGCUCAUAGAUUAAUCUUGGCUGCAGAAAGUCCAGUUUUACGCUCCAAAUUAGAAGACGAAACUGUAAAUGAAAUUAUUUUGGAUGGCAUAACUCCUUCGACAGCAGAAUUCUUGUUAAGUUACAUGUAUUGUGGAGAAUUUGAAGUUGAAAGCUGGAAUGAAGGCACUGAUCUACUGGAAGCAGCAUUCAAGUAUGAAGUAGAAGGCCUUGUACAGAAAUGUGGGAGAUUUUUAGAAGAUGUGAUUUCCCUUUCUAAUGUCUGUUAUAUUUAUGACAAGGCUUCAAUGUGUUCACUUCAAGUUUUACAACACAAAUGUCUGAAGUUAAUUUUAGACGCAGGUUUUGUUGUGUUAAGAAGUGAAGCAUUUGAAUUACUAAACAAAGACUGUGUAAUGGAUAUUAUUGCAAGCUCCGACCUUAAUAUUGAUAGUGAGCUUAUUGUUUUCGAAACUUUGUUUAGAUGGGCUCGGAUUGAAUGUUGUCGAACUGGAUUGCCUAUCACAGAAUCUAAUAUUUUAAUACAGAUUAAACCAUUUCUUCAACAUGUAUGUAUUGACGAUAUGUCUGAUGCUGACAAAAGUGCACUUCCUCCUGCAAUCCUUUCAUGUGUAAAGCCAAAUAAUCGUAACCGAAUAGGAUUUUCUGUGCCUGAAUCUUUAGUAAUUCAUUCAAAGUGCCUAGAACUAGAUAUCAAUCAAAAUUGUUUGGAUUUCAUAGGAGAUCGUCUAAACUGCCUUAGGUUUUCAAUCGAUUCUCCAGUCUACUUAAUUGGACUACGUUUCACUCUUGUUUGUAAUGCUAUCCCACUGACUCUUCCCCUUGUAUUAGUGAAAGAAAAUACACCAAAAGUAACAAUGUUUACUCAUAACUUAUGCACAACAUCUUCAAUCCAAAGAACUCAGAUUGGUCAAAGAGUAUGGCAUGAAAUUGAUAUUUUACUACGUCAACCAGCAUUUUUAAAAGCAGGUGAUAUCUAUAAUGUAUAUGUAAUGCUGGAUGUUGGAACUGAUGCACAGUGUCCUCAGACAAUAUUAUUUAAUAAUGUAUUGCAUACUGCUACCAGCCCUGUAAAUUUUACAGUACAUGGAGAUGACACAUGGGGUAUACGUCGUCUGAAUAUAAUCUGAUCAAAAACAAAAUUGGCACAAUUUUAUU